GAGCUGCUCGCGUCUGUGCGGGCGUCGCUGGCGCUGGGAGGGCGGCCGGCGACGGCGCUUGCGCUGCGCCCCGAGCUUGAGCGCCCGCGCCGCCGGCGCCCGCCCGCUGCGCCUCGCGGCAGACCUCGGCCUGCAGCCCGGCGCCAGGUACCACGCCCACGUCGUGCUGCGCGGCGCGGGCGAGCCCGUCCUGCUCUCGGGCGAGCUGCGCACGCAGGACGGCGGCUACAGCGUGCGCGGGGAGGUGUCGUGCCCGCUGUUGAAGGGGUCGCUGGCCGGCAACGUGACCGCGGGGCCCGGCGAGUGCGCGUCCGACCUGCGCCUGGACUACGCGGCGGCCGACGGUCGCCAGCACUCCGCCGCCUUCCACCACCACUUCGUCUCGGGCUUCGGCCUCAUCGCGCUCAACGCCUCCACGCAGGCGUCGGAGUUCCCGGGCGCGACUGCGCGCCUGCAGUGGUCCGCGCGGCGCGAGGAUGGGCUGCGCGAGCACCGCCUGCGCUGGGAGCGCGACGGCCGCGUCUGGAAGAGCCUGCAGCGCCUGCGCCUGCAGCGCCAGGGGCCCCGCGCGCACCUGCAGGCGCUCGCCGCCUUCUCCUGCCCGCAGCGGCGCAUCGACUACAAGAUCGACCUCGAGCACAAGGCAUCGGAACGCAACUGGAGCUCGCGCGCCGAGGCGCUGCUGGGCUGGAAGCAGCGCUACGUGGCCGGCGUGCAGCUGUCGCGCUCCCCGGGCCCGCAUGUCGUGCUCAGCGCCGAGGCCGCCACGCCCAGCGUGCGCGCCACGCUCACCGGCUGCGUGCAAAAGCGCAAGCACAUGAUGGGUGAGCUGGAGGGCGAGCUGCAGCGGCCGGGCGGGCGGCGCAGCAAGCUGUCGCUGACGGGCACGUACAAGCACGAGGGCGCCGGCGGCGCGGCGGGCGGGCCCGAGGUGCACCAGGUGCAGCUGGAGCUGCGCGGGGCGCUGAGCGCGCGUCUGCUGAGCCAUGUGGCGCUGGGAGCGGACGGCGUGGAGCACUCGCUGCGCCUCGCCGCCCCCGCCGACGACGUCUCGCCCGCCUACGCCCACCUUCUCACCUACCGCACGCUCGACGAACGCCACAUCGUGGACGGGUCGGUGUCCAUCGCCGGACGCAACUUCAGCGGCAGCGUGGAGGCCAUCCGGAGCCCGACAGAGCACUCUACCGUCGUGCGACUGCCCUUCAGCUCGGUCAUCGUCAUCUCCUCCAAGUUCCUAAUGAGUUCUCCUUCUGGUCUUGAGUCGCAAGACUACGACGCUCUGCUCUUGGAAGUGUCUUGGGACAAGCAACUGCAUCCCAGCAACUACGUGGCAUUCAACACCACCUUCAACGGCGCCCACUCGCGCGUGCUGCUCGACUACCCCAACCAAAACAUCCUGUGGGAAGUAAUUAGCGAUCCCGGACAUUUGUCACUAGAUUUUGGUUGGAAUAAAGACCGUAAACUUAAAUCAGAAAUUCGAUGGAUUCUGGAAACCUAUGAGGGGAUGUUUUCUGCAUGGAUACAUACACCUUUCAAGGGACUGGAAAAACAAAAUUUCAUGUUCAACUACACAUCCGACGGCCAAGAGUUGAUUCUACAUUCGUCGGUGGAGUGCCUGGGGCGGCAGCAGAGCGUGUCGGCGCGGGGCCAGCGGCGGGGCGACGCCCUCAACGCGGUGCUCACCGCCGCAGGGGACAUGGCCCCGGAGCUGCACCUGUCGCUGGAGCACGACCCGCACGCGCGUACGGGGUUCACGGCCGUCAGCGACAACAGCCUGCAGGUGUCUUUGCUGGCGACGCGGCGCGGCGACGGGCACAUGUCGGCGCUGGAGGCGCACGUGGGCGGGGAGCUGCUGCCGCUGCCCGAGUGCUCGCUCACCUACGCGCACCCUGCGCAUGCGCUGUCGGGCAACCUGCGCUGCGGCGGCUUCCUCACCCUCAACUUCGACGCUGACGCCCACCGCCCGAAGGGCAACUUCUCCGCGUGGAUGCGGCAGCUGGGUGACGCCUCCUUCGACUUCGACGCGACCAACGACCGCAACUCGGCCGUGUUCGACACGCGCGCCGCCAGCGGCGCGCGCGCGCUCUACGUCAGCCUGCAGCACGCGCGCGAGGGCCCGCGCAACUUCUCGCUGGCGCUGGACACGCAGUGGUGGGGUCGCGGCGUGCGCGCCGACAUCUCCUCGCGCAGCGGCGCAGCGGAGACGCGCUACAGCGGCGCGGUGAGCGGCGAGCUGCAGAUGGCGCUCACGCACGUCACCUACCGCCCCGCCGACCGCUCGGCCCGCUUCUUCACCGAGGUCUCACUCCCGGGCGGGGUGGCCGCCAACCACACCUUCCAGGGCCGCGACCUGCUCAACUGGGAGAGCACGGUGCAGGUGUCGUCGGGCAGGCGCCAGGGCUCGCUGCAGGUGCGGCAGGUGCUCAACCACACGGACUUCCUGCACCGCUGGGACGUGGCGUCGAACGCGCGCUCGGCCCGCGCGCUGUUCGCCCUGGGCUUCGGCCCGGACGGGUACCCGCUGCAGGUGCUGCUGCAGGGCCCGCAGGGCGAGCCCUUGGGCCUCGAGGCGCGCCUCAGCCUGCAGCCGCUGCUGCGGCUCUCCUACCCGCCGCACCGCGCUUGCACUUCAGCGGCCGCAUCGAUCUCGACAACCGUUCAAGGGCGGCGGUUUCUCUGCCGAGCUUCUGCUGCCUCAACGCGAUCCUGUGAAUGUGACUGCGUCGUAUGUCGUCCAACGAAACAACGUCACCGGCUCCGCGGCCGCACGCUGGGGCAACGAAACCCUCACCGCCGACACCAAACUCAUCUUCAAGGAAGAGGGAGAGGACGAAAUUAGCCGUGGACAUAAACAUACAUUAACAAUAGACGUGGAGCAUUCCGUUUCAGGAGAACUAUUUUUCCUCGAUCUAUCUCUGAAAGUACCAGACGACUCCUCUCGUCUUCCGUUAAGGCCGUCGGACAUCAGCAUGUCGAGUCACGUCAUAAGCCGCGUGAGUGGGGAAGAGAUCCGGGUCGACACUAGGCUGAACUUGAUUAACUCAGGCUUAGGUGAAGCGCUCAUAGACGUGACGACGCCUUUCACAAACUGGACUUCGCUUAACUUUUCCUACGUAGGGCGAAUAGACUCCGCGGACGCCGCGGCGUGGAAGUGUAGCGUAUCGAAGGAGGGCACGACCGCACAGUUCGUGGCGAAGUGCAAGGCGAGCCCGAGCCAUUCAUUGGUGGACGCGUCCCUGCAUUACAACGACGCUCUCGUCGCCUCGGUGGCCGGCCACUACGACCGCAGCGACCUCUCCAACCAGACGAUGGAGGUGAAGUGCCAGAUCGGCGACAAGAUUGCUCUUCUGAAGGGCGGCUUCGAGCAAAGGGACAGCAACGCCCUCAGCGGAGGCGCCAGAUGGCACGCCUUGCUCAUCACCCCGCUGGAAGGCCUCGCUCACACGGAGGGCGAGCUGAAGUUCGACAACGCGGAGGGCGCGCAGGAGCUGGCGCUGCUGGUGCGCAAGGACGCGUGGCUGCUGCAGGCGAACGGCAGUUGCGCCUUCGGCCAGCAGAGGUCGCGCGCCGCGCUCGACGUGCUGCUGCCGGCGUCGCUGGCCGUGCGCCGCCUGGGCGCCGCGCUCGACUACCGCCAGAUGUCGCCCUCGGACCACCUCGUCGUCUCCUCCAUCACCUGCGACGACCAGGUGCUGGAGACGAACGUGUCGCUGGCGGCGUCGGACGGGGAGCUGGCGGCGUUCCUGGAGACGCGCAGCACGCGCGACGGGUACGGGCCGCUGUCGGCGCGCUUCAACGUGGCCGGGACCGUGCGAGGGGAGGGCAAGGCCCUGCUGUUCGAGCUGGACGGCGCCGGCGGCCGCCGCUUCAACCUGACUGCGCAGCUGCGCGCGCCCAGCGCCCUGCGCGUCGACGCCCGCCUCGCCGCCUCCGCGGCCUCGCCUUCCUUCGGGCGAAGCCGCUUCCUCGACACCGCGCUCAGGUACGACCUGGUGGGCGCGGAGAUGCCGGAGGGCACGUGGCGGCGUCGCUUCGCGUCGCUGGCGAUGAACGUGUCGGCGCGCGCCUACGUGCUAGAAGGAGAAGUGAAGACGGCGGCCGACCGCCUGCGCGCGAACGCCUCCAUCGCCGUGCGCCUGCCCCUCGAGGACGGGAUGCGCGCGCAUGCGCACUACGACGCGCGACCGCGCGGCGCGCUCUCCGCCGCCGCCUCCGUCGCCACCGCCGCCGGCCGCGACCUCUUCCAGGCCGCGCUCGCACUCAACGACAGCCUGCUCACGGCGCAGGUGGUGAGCGAGCCGCUGGGCGUGCGCGCGCUGACGGUGGCCGCGAGCUGGGCGCCGCGCGCCGCCUCGCCCCACUUCGCGCGCCUGCACCUGCACCUGCCGGAGCGCCAGCUCAGCGUGCAGGCCACGGCGGCGCGCGACCUGAGCGCGUGCGAGCUGCAGCUGAGCGCGACGGGCGCCGGCGGCGGCCGGCUGCACGCCAAGUACGACGCCUCGGCGCCGCAGCGCAACCUCACCGCGGUGGUGGCGCGCGGCGACGACACGCUCACGCUCUCCGCGACGCUCGCGCGCGGCGACCAGGGCACGCGCGGCGACUUCUACCUGUCCGCGUCGCGCCUGGGCCGCGUGCACGUGCUGGCGCGCCUGCGCACCCCGCUCGGCUCGCAGCUCGACCUCUUCGUCGACGACCGCGACUUCAACCGCGUGCUGCACACCGGGCUGGCGUCCACGGCCAAGGAGGUGUCCGUCUUCACCGAGUCGCAGUUCAGGGACCUUCAGAAACUCAACAUUUCCAUCCGAUUCGACGUAGUGCCUGCCUUCAACCACGUAGGCCUCGACAUGGAAUACAUCGCGGAGCAGACCAAGUUUCCAGCUAAACUUUCAGCGAAAAUCGAUAGAAAAUCCGCCAUCUUCAAACUCCAACAUUUCGUCUACAAGUUUUUUCCCGAAGAUAUGGAAACGAUACUCACAUACGAUAAGUUGUUAGACACACCCAGUAAUCCGUCGUUUGUUUUCGUACUCUCCGUCAACAACACGAAGAUAUUCCGCUCGUCGGCGCAUUUUGUUUUCGACUGGGAGAAGGAGAUUCAAAUCGACCUCAAGAUGAACUCGCAGCAGCGCGACAAGAAGUGGCGGCUGGGCGUGGGCUGCCGGUGCGAGACCAAGUUCCCGGCGACGGUGAGCCUCAACGUGACGGACCAGACGGGCGCGCUGGUGGCGAUGGACGGGAGAGCCGUGGCGGCCGAGCGAGGCGGCUUCACUUACCGGCUGGCGCUCAGCACGGACCACGGCCGGCAGAGGCGCGAGGCGCUGGUGGAGUACUACCCUAGGAACCCGCUGCUCAUGUCGGUGGACACCAACGCCACGUCGGGGGCGGAGACGCGACGCUACUUCGCCGCGCUCAAGAUGGACGUGGAGCGCGCGCUGCUGCGGUUGGAUCUGGCGACGCCGGUCGCGGGCUACGAGAACCUCACGCUUCACUGGCGGCGCGAGGACGACUCGCUGGCGCUGGACGCGCACACCACCUACCCGGGCUUCGAGCGGGUGGGGGUGCGCGCGCGCUUCUACCUGCAGGAGGGCCCCGCCAAGGCGGCCAGCCUCUACGUGGAGCGGGAUGGGUCCACGGUGGGCGGCGCGCUCUACCUCGAGCGGGUGGAAGGGCUGCUCAACGUGAGCUGCGAGCUGGAGCUGCACGGGACCGGAGGCGGCAGGUCAGGGUUGAACUUCUGGUACGACGUGCGAGGGCCGUUGAAGUCCGUCGAGGUGAAACUGCUCGACACGUGUGUGCACCGCGUGGCCGCCACAUUCGCCACGGAGCCUGGACUCGAACUGCACGCCAUUGCAGACAUUAAGAAGCAAGCGUCUUCCCUCGAUGUGUCCUAUAAUCCGAAGCACGUGGCCUUCCGCGGAGUGGUCGUGGGAAAAACAGUUGCCGAUUUUAAUUUUCAGCGCGUUGAUUCCGGCAAUGACACGUCUGUAGACGCAAAAUUCAUGUCAUCUUUCGUGGCUCAUCCACUGAAACUCAGGUACGACUACAAUGUACUAGAAAAUCCAAAUCCAGAAAUUCGUAUGUUUAUGACGGUAUCAGCCUUGGAAAAAACAUCCACUGUAGAUUUCCGUAUGCCAGCUGAUGAUUCUCCGAACAUGUCAUACAACUUAAAAGUCGAUCUUCCAGAUGGCGAAUGGACCGCUGAGGUUCACAUACGUGAGGAAGGUUCUAUAGAAGCGAAAACCUCAGUGGUUGGUUACGGAGCAGAGUUGCUGCAUGCUGAAAUGCAUGAAUCUUCACCAGGUGUCAAGGCAUUGACUGUUUCUGUUCUGGAUGGCCAAUUCGUAGAUGCAAAAUUGACGUUCGAUUUCUCAGGAAUAAAAAAAUUCUCAGACCUUCACGUGCUGCGCGACGGAUCACCGAUCUUGAACGCUCACCUCCACGCAGAAGUAAAGGAGGAGUCGGUAGAAGUGAUAGGAACAGCUGACGUCCCGAACUUUCCUUUGCGGGGUUUCGCCUUCAACUAUACUCUGGGACGGGGGGAUGUACUUCGUAAAGAAUAUCCUGAAAUAAUCACCGACGGCGCGGGAGUAGGACACUGGCUUUAUUUUGUUUGGCAAACCGAAUCUGAUCGGAUGGCUACUGAUUUACAUGCAGUCUUCGGACCGCAGAUCGUUUUGGACGUUUCUGUGAAGAAUGGAAAAACACAUCUGCUUUUAUAUAAUCAUAAGUUGUAUACUUUAGUAAAGGAAAGUGUGGAGAAGCAACUAGAUAUGCAACUGAAACUAAAAGAAUUAGAAUGGAAACUUUUUGGAGUGUCUACAUUCCGCGAACACGUUUCUGGAAUAAGAUUAGAAGCUACGACACCUUGGUCUGAACUGCAACGACUUGUGUUCAAUUUCCACAGGAAUGACUCGUUCGAUUUAAAACUUCUCGCCACUUCGCAUAAUAAAGACGCUCAAAUCACUGCUAAAAUGACCUCUCAGGACGGAACAUUCGCCAGCGCGGAAUUAUCCCUUCCCGAUCGCCCUAAGGUAGCAGCCGUCGUGAGCGCAAAGGGCGGCCGCAGUCCUGCGUUGAUUCUGGAAGUGACCUCAGGGGAGCAGGUGUUGAAGGCGGAGGCAGGCGCCGAGGUGCGGGAGGGCGGCCGUGUGGAGGCGCAGGCGCGACUCACCACCCCAUGGAAUAUCCCUUGGGCCCUGGAAGGCACGUACGACGGCGGAGUGGCACACGUGCGCACCGUUCACGGCACGCGCACGGUCGCGGAGGCGGAGGGCAAGCUGGACUUCAAGUACGAUCAAGACGUCUCGUUCAGCCUCGCCCUGGAAGGCGCCGUGUUGGACAGGAAAGCGCGUGCGGCCGCCGGCUGGAGCUGCCCGACGCAGGGAGGCUCCGGCCAGAGAAGCGCUCACUUGGAGUGGCAGUCCGAAGGCGCGAUCGUCAAGUUCCGGUUCGACGCCGAACCCGAGUCACGUGGCCGGAAGUUCGGCGGCACCAUGGCGAUCGUCGCGGACUCUAUCGUUCUGCACGGAUCCGCCAACGGCACGUGGCCUAAGGCGGCCGCGGUCGCGGUGCGAACAGGCGGCAUGCAACAGGCGUACGAAGCGUCUUACGACUUCCGAGAGGAUGGGCACACGACCAACGGCGCGGUCCUUCUCAAGACAUUGGUUUGGGAACCCCUGGAAGUGAAGGUGUCACUGACUGACGACAAGGCAACGGGGAGGAGAGAAGCCGUUUUCUCAGCUCGAGGAUAUCGCGUAUUCGCCUUCUACAACAACAACGGCAUUUCGGACACCAGAUUCGAACUAUCUGAUUCAAACGGUGUCAUUUUGUCUCUAAAGAACGUACUUAUUGGCGAUACUUACAACGGCGAAGUGGCAUGGCGUGAGAAUUCCUCUCCCAAGAAAGUAGAGAUCUCACUUCGAAUGGAACAGAACGGGAAAUUUGAACUCACGUCUCCGUGGGACAUGUACGCGUUGGCAAACUGGAACCACGUGAAUAAGACAAACGGCCAAGCGCUGCUGCAUUGGAACGGCAUGGAUUUGAACGCGGAGUACGACAGAUCGCUUCCGUUCAGCCGCGUGUUCCUCGGCUCGCCGUGGGGCGCGGUGCACUUGAGGCAGGUGAAGGGCGAGGAGCAGGGCAGCAUCGCCUUCAUGGUGGACGACUCCACCGGGGACAAGCAGGUGCUGUACGCCAAGUACGAGUACGACGACCAGAUGAGAUUCCUGCUGCACGUCUGGCGGGAGGCUCUGCACAAGGUGGAGGUGUCGCUGAGCCCCGACCUGCGGCGCGCGUACGCCCUGGUGGCGACGCCACGGCUCAACGUGGACGCCGGCGUGGAGGCGCGCGCGGACGGGUGGGGGGCGCGCCUGCGCACCGAAGGCGAGCUGGCGCCGGCCGUGGACGCGCGCCUCAGCAGCGACGACGCGCACUUCGCCGCCAGCGCGAAGCUGCCCGGCGCAGACCUGCAGGCCGCGCUCACCAGACACCCGGUGCGUCCCGUGGCUUCGUCUUUUCCU